AUGCAGUUUUUCUACCCUCUCGCCCUGGCCCUCGCCGCCGUCGCCGCUGCCCAGGACGACAAGUGUGACGCCGCCCCCAUCGUCGAGGCCUGCCUGACUAGCGAGAACGCCAAGGUCAAUUCCUGCAGCCCCACCGACUACGACUGCCAGUGCGCCGGCUACCAGGCCGUGGCCACCUGCUACAACAACUGCCCCAACGACCCCCGCGCCUCGCCCGCCCAGAACCAGGUAACCAUCUACUGCCAGCAGGCCUCCCUCUACGGCUCUGCCGCCAUGCGCAGCAAGACCGAAGCCGCUGCCGCUGCUACCGCCACCGGCUCCGGUGUCGCCUCCGUCUCGGCCUCGGCCACCCCGACGAGCACGGCCGGCGAUGAUGCCGCCUCCACUUCGUCCUCCGCCACCGCCUCCAGCACCCCCAACAUGGGCGUCGGCCAGCUCGCUCGCAACACCGGAGGCGUCCUCCUCGCCGUUGCCGGCGUCGUCGCCGCCGUUCUGUAA